AUGUCUUCAAGUGUCCCUCAAACUCAAAACUUGUUGGAUCGUUGUGUAACAGCCCUUCAUUGGGCUGGAAUGGGCUUUAGACCUUCAAAAUCACGAAGCAUUGUUAUAGCUAAUGGAAAAGUUUUAGAUGAGUCUCCUUUUUGUGUCCUGCAAAAACCAAUCCCAUCUAUUCACGCAAACCCAGUUAAGUUUCUCGGCCGGACGAUAAAUUCAACAUUGUCAGAUUUAGCUGUUGUCCAACAGGUUAUUGUUAACGCUGUAGAGCAGGUCAAACUCAUAGAUAAGUCUUCUCAUAGAGGCAUUCACAAAGUUUUGUAUUCCGCUUCAUCGCCAUGCCCGUUACCUUUAAAAAGUCUAUCUUCCGUACUAAAAUCUGCUAAGAUCAGCGGUUAUCUUCUCCUCCGAGAUUCAGCUGAUCCUCUGGUCUCAGGCUCUCCUCCAGACUUUAAGGCUGGACACUGGAAGGUAGAUCAAACAGUAAAAUCAGCAGAGAGUCAACUCGAGUUUAAGAAAAUACUUGGUUUCCACCAGUUUGAUGUUGUGCAGGACAAUGAGGAAGACAUCUAUUAUGCUCGAGCCGUUCAGCUUCAUGUCAAAGGUAACUGGACUAAUGGUGCUUGUUUAUUAAAUACGAUCUUUCUUGGAAGAACCUACUGUCUCUGCCGCAAAGUUUAUCUUCGUUUUGCAUCGUCGCAACCUAUGACACACUUCCUUCUCCUACAAAUCUUGUCAAGUGGGGGUUGCACCCUAUGUAAAAAACCCUCUUGUAACGUGUCCCACAUUUUAGGCGCUUGUAAAUUAUACCUUCCACAAGGUAGAUUCAUGUACCGCCACGACACUGUUCUACGUGUGUUAGUGACAGCCAUUCAGAACUUCUUAUACGAUUAUGAGCCAGCAAAACCAUCUAGAUGUCAUAAAAUAUCCUUUGUUCCAGCUGGUAAACGUCUUCCCACCAAAAGGCGUUCUAAAAUUCAAGGUAUCCUUCACCUGGCCUCUGAUUGGAGAUUAUUGUCACACUUAGAUUCAACCUUAACCCUUUCACUCCCAGCUAUUUUUCCCCUAUAUUCCCAGAGCAUUUUCUUUGGAAUUCAACCUUACUAA